AGCCACCUGUUACACACAGCGAAUUAACUCAAAGCGCUUUGAUCUCAAAAAAAAAAAAAAAAAUGCAGGCUGAAGAGUACAAUCGCAGAGGCAAGGAGCUGGUGGACUACAUCACACAGUACCUGGGCUCCAUCAGGGAGAGGAGGGUGAUUCCAGAUGUGAAGCCAGGUUACAUGAAGGAGCUUCUCCCUGACACUGCGCCUACAGAGCCAGAGGACUGGGAGAGUAUCUUCAACGACAUUGAGAGAGUCAUCAUGCCAGGUGUGGUUCACUGGCAGAGCCCUCACAUGCAUGCCUACUACCCCUGCCUGACUUCUUGGCCCUCCAUGCUCGGGGACAUGCUGGCUGAUGCCAUAAACUGUGUCGGAUUCACCUGGGCCUCCAGUCCAGCUUGUACAGAACUGGAAAUUCAUGUGUUGGACUGGUUGUGUAAAGCACUGGGGCUCCCCACCUUCUUUCUGCAUCACCAUCCUGACAGCAGAGGUGGAGGCAUGCUGCAGAGCACCGUCAGCGAGAGCACGCUGGUUGCUCUGCUGGCAGCCAGGAAAGACAAAAUAAUGCAGCUGCGGGCUGAACUCGACCAAGAUGUGGACGACUCGGUCCUAAAUUCAAGACUGGUGGCCUACGCUUCAGAUCAGGCUCAUUCCUCAGUUGAGAAGGCAGGUCUGAUCUCUCUGGUCAAGAUCAGGUUUCUACCUACAGAUGAGCAGUUAUCCCUGAGAGAGGACACUUUGAAACAAGCCAUACAAGAGGACAGGGCAAGGGGACUGGUCCCUUUCAUGUUGUGUGCAACGUUGGGAUCUACAGGAGUGUGUGCCUUUGACAAGCUAUCUGAACUGGGACCAGUCUGCGCUGAAGAGGGAGUGUGGCUUCACGUUGACGCUGCAUACGCAGGCGCAGCCUACGUCUGUCCUGAGCUCCGCUGGUCCCUGAAGGGCAUUGAAUUCGCACACUCCUUCGUCUUCAACCCUGCCAAGUGGAUGAUGGUCCAUUUUGACUGCACAGCCUUCUGGGUAAAGGAUAAAUAUAUGCUCCAACAGACCUUCACGGUUGAUCCUGUUUACCUCAGACAUGAAAACUCACAGGCAGCCACAGACUAUAUGCACUGGCAGAUUCCCCUCAGCCGACGUUUCCGUUCUCUCAAACUCUGGUUUGUUAUGCGCUCCUUUGGACUGAAAAACCUCCAGGCUCAUAUCAGACAUGGGAUUGAGAUGGCAAAGCUCCUGGAGUCUCACAUAAGAGGUGACCCAAAUUUUGAAGUUCCCGUUGAGAGGCACCUUGGCCUGGUGGUCUUCUGUCUGAAGGGAGGAAAUGCUUUGACCCAGGAGCUGUUGAGGAGACUGACCCGGUCGGGCGUCAUAUAUCUCAUCCCUGCAGAAAUUCACAACAAACGCAUCAUCCGAUUCACGGUGACCUCACAGUUCACUACCGCAGAUGACAUCCUCAAGGACUGGAGCUUCAUCUCCAAAACGGCUUCUGCUCUUCUGGCUGAGACACAAGCUCUGAAUAAUGCAGACCAGCCAAGAUCAAGGAAAGAUGAGAUGAUGCGAGCCGAAGGAACCCAAGACACCAUGUCAGACACUGGAUCUGAGGAGAGAGGGGAGGCAGCCUCCGGGGUGGACAAGGCUGAAGUGGAGCUGUGGAUUGACAAGGCUUGGAAUCAAACUAGGAGACCGAUGCGCUCUCUUAGCUGCAACAGCGAGCCUCUGCCUCACACUUACAUCGGGACACUGUCUGGAUGUGACUGUGAACCAAAUCCAAGUCUUAAAGAUGCAGCAGGUGUCCUCCCUUUUCCCUCAACGGCAGAACCCAACCCUGUGACUGGGAUUACAGAGAUGCCUUCAAAUCUUCUGGGUAAACAGGUGCUGAAAAAGCUGACAAAGUUCUAUAGCGUGCCGAGUUUCUGCAACCAGUUGGUGCAGUGCAGCCGGCAGCAGGUGUGCUGCCCCGUCAAGGUUUCACAAACAGCUCAAAAACACUUAACCUCCACCUGCAGAAGAACGAACUGUAUGUCCUCUUCUCCGGUAGCCAACGCAGCUCCUUCUCCGACUCCACUGGAAACUGCCACUGCACCUAAGCUCCUGCAAUGAUCCCGAAAGCACCACACGGUACUUUAUCCCUCGACUGUGUUGGAUACUGAUUUUAAAAUUUGCUCAUUUGAAACCAUGUUUUUAAAAAUUUUUUUAUUAAAGAGCAUUUCAGACCUUUUUAUAUAUAAUUCUGAGUACGUGUAUACAUAAAUGUGAGU